AACACUCUCGCACAGUCAACACAGUUCAAUAAACAUAACAAAGGACUCUCUCUCGCUCUCUCUCUCUCUCUGUCUCUCUUUCUGUGUCCUUUCACAUGACUCGUCCUUUCUUCAGGUUCUUAGGCGGCGAGAACUCAACUAACCCCGGGUCAGCGGAACCCGCAAACGUCGACUCUGACUAUGUUGUAAUUCUUGCCGCGCUCCUCUGCGCCUUAAUAUGCGUUCUCGGUCUCAUAGCCGUCGCUCGCUGCGCCUGGCUCCGCAGACUCUCUAGCGGAGCCAACAACUCCGCUGGCACCACCUCCGCAACGGCGCGACGUUCUCCCGCCAACAAAGGCCUUAAAAAGAAGAUCCUCCGCUCGCUUCCGAAGCUCGCCUUCAACACAGAAACUGCCGCGAAGUUCUCCGAUUGCGCGAUUUGCUUAACGGAGUUCGCAAUCGGAGACGAAAUCAGGAUUUUACCGCAGUGCGGUCACGGUUUCCAUGUGGCGUGUAUAGAUACGUGGCUUGGGUCCCACUCAUCAUGUCCGUCGUGCCGGCAGAUAUUAGUGGUGGCCAGAUGUCAGAAGUGUGGUGGCGUGCCGCCGGCGAGUUCUUCUAGCUCCGAUGCAGCACCCGAAACCAGUGAAGCGAGAUUGAAGGAAAGAGAAGACGAUGCAAAUAGGUAAGAUGGAGACAAGCCUGAAUCCAGCUUCGGAAAUGGGGCUGGUUUCUUCGUUUGAUUAUGAAUAUCGUGGCUGAAAAGCUUUCAUUAUCUUGAAAAUUAAGCUGUUACAGAAAGGUCUCGGUCUAUGCAGUGCUGGUUUUGGCCUUAUUAAUUUAAUUAUUGGGUUGUAAGUUGACAUCAAGGGGUCACUUCUUUAUUUCUUCUCCCAUGUGCGUUGCGUGAGAAGUUAGGCCACUUCAACUUUAUGUUUAAGCCGCCAUGUGUAUUAUUCAUUCCUUU